AUGGCAUUCUUCUUCCCUUCCUCUUCUGUUGAAACCAACCUUGCCACCACCAAGACAUUUGUUUCAACGGUCGCCUCCGUCGCAACCACCAUAGUGCUUAUCCGAUCAGUGGCUCGGGACCUCUUGCCCGGCGAAAUCGUGGACUGUUUCUUCGAUGGUGUCCGUGGAUUCUUCCGUCGCUUCUCUUCCCAACUGACCAUAGUGAUCGAUGAGUUCGAGGGUCUCAUUAGCAACCAAAUCUAUGAUGCCGCAGUCACUUAUGUGGGCAAAAAAAUCUCCCCCUCCACUCGCAGAUUCAAAGUUAGCAAGCCUGAUGAUGCCAAAAGGGGCUUUGAGAUUACCGUGAAAUGCGAUGAGUUCAUCAUGGACGUGUUCAAUGGCAUCAAAUUCAAAUGGGUCUUCAUACGCCGUGGGGUUGAGUCCAAAAGUUUCAGCAAUAAUCCUAGAGACCAUUCAGAAAUUCGAUCACUAGAGCUCAGUUUUCACAAGAAGCACAAGGAGUUGGUGUUCGCAUCGUACCUUCCCUUCAUUAUGCAAGAAGCGAAAUUAAUGAAGCAAGAAGCGAGAGCCCUGAGGAUCUUUACAGUAAAUUGCAAUGGCAUAUGCGACAAUCUGAAAGACGCAUGGACGCCGAUGACCCUAGACCAUCCGGCGACGUUCGAGACGCUGGCAUUGGAGCCAGACACUAAGAAAUUCAUCGUGGAGGAUUUGGAGAGGUUUGUGAGGAGGAAAGAGUAUUACAGGAAGGUAGGUAAGGCAUGGAAGAGAGGGUAUUUGUUGUAUGGCCCACCUGGAACGGGAAAAUCGAGCUUGAUUGCAGCAAUGGCGAAUUAUUUGCAUUUUGACAUAUACGAUCUGGACCUGACGGUUUUAAGCCGCAAUUCGGACCUCCGGCGACUGAUGAUUGCUAUGGCGAAUCGGUCCAUCGUCGUUGUGGAAGACAUUGAUUGUACUAUUGAAUUGCAGGAUCGCAUCACUUCUGGUUACCCAAACCAACGGUCAGUGACACUGUCGGGGCUAUUAAACUUCAUUGAUGGUCUCUGGUCAAGUUGUGGAGAUGAGAGGAUUAUAGUCUUUACAACCAACCACAAAGAGAAGCUUGACCCCGCAUUGUUGCGUCCAGGUCGUAUGGACAUUCACAUCCACAUGUCAUUUUGCACUCCAUCCAUGUUCAGGCAGCUUGCUUUUAAUUACCUUCAACUUCAUCACAUCCUCUUUUUUUCACAAAUUGAAGAAGCCAUUCUUGCCACUCAUGUCACUCCUGCUGAGGUGGGUGAGGAGCUCUUGAAGAUGAAGAAUAGUGAUCAUCAUUCUACCCUUCAAGAAGUUCUACAAUUUCUUGUCCAGAAGAAGACCGAGAAAGAGGAGCUUGAGGCCCAAAAGAGGGAAACGUAA